UCUAUGGUUAAAGGUUAAAGGUUAAAGGUUAAAGGUUAAAACUUUCUGGUAAUUUCAAGUCUACAUAUAGCAAUAAAUGAUCACAUUCCCCGCCCUAUACAAUUUCAGCUUCAUCACGAUUUAAUUUGAUUUAAUUCCUACAACAAUACUGAUAUGUACUAAUUCUCAGCGUGUACUCAUCUUUAACAGAGGCAUUGCCUGAUUUCAUUCUUUUCCUUGACUUUUGUCUGUACUGCCGGCAUUGUGUGGUGCGGUGUCACCGCGUCCACACAAAUUCAUCUUUAAUUUACAAGAAAUCAUCUUUUUAUUGGAGGACUAUUUUCCCCACUUCUAAUUUCUGAUUGAAAUUCAGUCAUGGCUUUCGCUCUAUGCAACUCCCAACUCCUCCAUCCGUUCCCCGUCCAACGCAGAAAGUUUUCAACCAAAAUUCAUUCCUUAAAUCAAAAUCUCAAUCAAGAAAAACCUCAAUUUAAGCACUUCGCCUCUAGUAGAAGAUUCCACCACAUUUCUACUGUGAAAUCAGCUUCUGUAAACGGGUACCCAAUAGCCAAAGAUGAUGGGGUUCCUUCCACCGCCAGUGAGAAAAUUGAAUUGACUGAGAAGCUGAAGAAAUGGGUCAAGUUUGCGCGGGAAAUCUUUCCCGGUGGGGAUUGGUGGAGGCUUCCGACCGAGGAUAUUGGAGAUGUAAUGGUGGCGAAACCCGUGACUGUUUUUCGGGCACUAAAGAAAAUGUGGGACUUGAUUGCGGAGGAUCGAUGGGUUAUAUUUACCGCUUUUGUUACACUCGUCAUCACAGCACUUUCAGAGAUAUCGAUCCCACAUUAUCUGACUGCGUCGAUAUUUUCUGCGCAAAGUAGCACCAUUGCCCUGUUCCACCGAAAUCUGCGCCUCUUAGUUAUGCUGUGCAUCACUGCAGCAAUAUGCAGUGGUGUGCGUGGUUGCAUGUUCGGCAUUGCUAAUAUGAUCCUUGUCAAACGAGUGAGGGAAAGACUAUACUCAACUCUACUUCUGCAGGACAUAUCUUUUUUUGACUCUGAAACAGUUGGUGAUUUGACAAGUAGGCUUGGUUCGGAUUGCCAACAAGUAUCACGUGUGAUAGGAAAUGACUUGAAUCUGAUACUGCGCAAUGUUCUUCAGGGUUCAGGUGCUUUGAUCUACUUAUUGGUUUUGUCGUUGCCACUUGGACUAUGUGUAUUGGGCAUCUGCAUCUCCCUCUCAACUAUUAUGCUGAUAUAUGGCCAGUACCAAAAGCAAUCGGCCAAGUUAACUCAAGAGUUUACUGCUUCAUCCAAUAAUGUUGCCCAAGAGACAUUCUCUUUGAUGAGAACUGUUCGGGUAUAUGGGACCGAGCAACAAGAACUUGGAAGGUACGAAAGUUGGCUGGAGAAAUUAGCUGGCAUAAACUUGCGACAGAGUGCAGCUUACGGGUUCUGGAACUUCGGCUUCAACACUCUAUACCAUGCAACUCAGGUCAUUGCUGUGGUGAUAGGGGGAAUGUCCAUUCUGAGUGGUCAAAUUACAGCGGAGCAACUGACAAAGUUCAUUUUAUACAGUGAAUGGCUAAUCUAUUCCACAUGGUGGGUCGGGGAUAAUUUAUCAAAUUUGAUGCAGUCUAUUGGAGCAAGUGAAAAAGUUUUUCACCUGAUAGAUCUUUCACCCUGCGAUCAGUUUACUGCAAAAGGCUUAAGGCUACAAAAGUUGAUAGGACGGAUUGAGUUUGUGGAUGUGUCCUUCCACUAUCCUUCCAGGCCUUCAUUGUCUAUACUGCAGAACUUCAACUUGACAGUUCAUCCUGGGGAAGUAGUUGCCAUUGUUGGCCUGAGUGGUAGUGGGAAGAGCACCGUAGUGAACCUUUUGCUCCGUCUAUAUGAACCGACAAAUGGGGAGAUAUUGAUUGAUGGCCACCCGAUGAAAUCCCUGAAUGUUAAGUGGUUAAGAGAAAGGGUCGGAUAUGUGGGACAGGAGCCCCGACUCUUCCGCAUGGAUGUAAGUUCAAAUAUAAAGUAUGGAUGCCCUCGAGCUGUUACUCAGCAGGAUGUGGAAUUGGCUGCCAAGCAGGCUUUUGCUCAUGAUUUUAUACUAGCCCUUCCGAAUGGCUACCAAACCCUAGUUGAUGAUGAUUUGCUCAGCGGAGGACAGAAGCAGCGUAUUGCGAUUGCUAGGGCCAUCCUUAGAGAUCCGAACAUUCUGAUUAUGGAUGAAGCUACAAGUGCUCUAGAUGCAGAAAGUGAACACAAUGUUAAGGGUGUUCUUCGCACUGCAAAAACCGAGAUGCAAAAUAAGAGGACAGUUUUUGUGAUCGCACACAGAUUAUCGACAAUCCAAAACGCAGGCAGGAUAAUUGUAAUGGAUAGUGGUAAAAUUGUUGAGAUGGGCGACCACACGGAUCUCCUAAUGAAAGAUGGUUUGUACGCACGAUUGAUAAGAAGACAGGCAGAUGCAGUUGCCUGAACUUGUAGAGCAGAUACUCCUAUAGAUCUUAUACGAGAACAGAGUAGGACGACAAAACUCGAGCACAUACAACCAUACCUGCCGUUGCUGGCUGACUGAAGAGGAAAUAUUGAUCACAUCUGGCAGCGCCAUUGGCUAACUGAAGAGGAAACCUUGACCACCUCAGAUCUUUAUAAAUGGGGUUUGAGAUACAAAGAAAGUGUAUUCUUUUUUGCUCGACCUCCUUCCAUUGAUAUGAAAGGAAAUUAUGAUGUUUUUCAUCUAUUCAUAUUUGGCCUCUGUUUCCAUCAGAGGGGGUUGACUGGUUGAUCAUUUCAAGAUUUUAAACAAUAUUGAAUUUGUCGUGUUUCA